AUGGCAGGAGAGAGGACAGUGGGUGUAGCCGUUGAUUUCUCCUCAUGCAGCAGGGAAGCACUGAAAUGGGCCGUGGAUAACAUUAUCCGUGAUGGGGAUCACCUUGUCCUGAUCACUGUACGCCCUGAAGGUUACUAUGAAGAUGGCGAGAUGCAGCUAUGGGAAGUCACCGGGUCACCUAUGAUCCCUCUAGUAGAGUUUUCUGAUCCUCUGAUCAUGAAGAAAUAUGGGUUGAAGCCUGAUCCUGAAACUCUUGAUAUCCUCAACACUGCUGCUCGUCAGAAAGAGAUUGUUGUGGUGGUGAAGGUCUAUUGGGGAGACGCUCGUGAAAAGAUAUGUGAAGCAAUUGAUAAAUUACCUCUGAGUUGCCUUGUUAUUGGCAACAGAGGGCUUGGCAAGAUUAAGAGGGCUAUCUUAGGUAGUGUAAGCAACUAUGUGGUGAAUAAUGGAUCCUGCCCUGUUACUGUUGUGAAGCAUGCAGACCAUGAACCCUAA